CCGGUGGGCGGGGCGCCGGGCGGGUGAUGAGUAGGGGCGGCGGGGGGCGAUGGGGCUCGGUGUCGGUGGAGUCGGUGAUGGCGGAGUGCGCGGGCUGCCAUGGUGUUUGCGGCUUCUGGAAAAGGGUGGAGGGCCCCGAGGAGCGGCGGCUGCUGGAGCUCUUCUCCUAUGGGCUGAUGGCGCUGGGUGCCGGCUCUGCCCUGCUGCUCUGCUUCAUCCCUAUGCCCUACGGCCGGUACUCCACGCGGCGCUUCGGCUCGCUGCUGCCCGCCCGCGUUGCCUGGGCGCUGCAGGAGCUGCCCUCCCUCCUCGUCCCGAUCGGGCUCGCCGUCUGCGGUGGGGAGGCCAUCGCCGCCCCGGCUAACCGUGUCCUGCUGGGCUGCUUCGUCCUCCACUACGCGCACAGGGCACUCAUAUUUCCUCUUCUGAUCCGUGAAGGAAAACCAACACCAUUUGUCACUUUUGUGCUAGCACUUCUGUUCUGCGUUUUCAAUGGAUACUUGCAGGGCCGAAGCUUAAGCAACUAUGCAACUUACCCUCCGGGCUGGUUGAAAGAUCCACGCUUCAUUACAGGUUUUAUAGGGUGGUUGCUUGGCAUGGCAAUUAAUAUUCAUUCUGAUCAUAUUCUCAGAAAUCUGAGAAAACCAGGGGAAACUGGUUACAAGAUACCAAGAGGAGGAAUGUUUGAGUAUGUCAGUGGAGCCAACUUUUUUGGAGAGAUCCUGGAGUGGUUUGGGUUUGCCCUUGCCUGUGGCACCACUGAAAGCCUUGCAUUUGCACUGUGUACUCUUUUCAUCUUGGGUUCAAGGGCAAGGCAACACCAUCAAUGGUACCUUGAGAAAUUUGAAGACUACCCAAAGGACAGAAAAAUUGUGAUACCAUUUUUGUACUGAGCUGUGCUUUUAACACUGUCUGAGAGAUGGAUGCUUUUAGUAACAGCUAACAUUUUACAGGUGGUGGCAAGUUAAAAACAUACCCUCAUCCUCACUGUGACAAAGCCUUUCCAUCGGUGCUGCUAUUACUUACUUCUUUUUCCUCUUAAUGGUAACCAAGAAUCUGAUGGACAUGGUGAAUAGGAACAGAAAUGCUUUUCCAGCAGUGAAGCACCUUCGUGAACACCUUAGGCAGUGAGUCUGACUGCCUGUGCAGGCUUCUGCUGUUUCCACUCAAUCUAGUCACGCUGUCAUGAGGAUUGUGCCGUGAGCCCAGUCACUCUCACUGCAGUCUGGAUGGUGUGUUCUGCCUAUUGUUUGCCAGCAUAUGCAAAUAGGGUUGAUUUUACUUUUUCUUCCUUGCCUUUCUAAUCCUUUCUUCCCCCCACCUGCAUUUUCAGGAAAGCUGAUGAUGCAGACCAAGGAAUUAAAUGAAUAUAGUUGCUCUUAGGUGAGAGGCAAUGUUCCUCCUCUUUGCACUCUUUCAUAUGGAUAUUGUAUAGAUAAUUCUAUACAGAAUACUGUAUAGAUAAUAUUUAAUGCUAUUUACAUAAAAGUUGUAGGGUUAUCUUCCCCAAAUAAUAGAUUAAUAUUGUCAUCUACCUCUUAAAAUUGAUAACUAUCUCAAUAUGCAAUAUGUGUCUUCUCACUCUAAACGGUUUUUGGAAGGCAUUCUUUACUUAGGAUACUUAGGCCAGUCUAGCACUAUUAAAAAAUGUGUAAUAUUUUCUAACUCACUUUAUAAAAAAACCUUGAGAUUUUUACAAAAUUUUCUUAUUAUGUUGUUUUAAAAAAUCAAGUGUUUUUCUUCUUCUGUUGGUAACAUUCUAGAUGAUUUUAUAUUCUGGAAUAUUUUGUGUUGCAUGUCAUGUUAAUGUCAGUGCUCAUACUCCAACAUUUUACUCAUUAAGGACUUCAGAAUGCUUUCAAGAACAUGAUGCAAUUCCAAGCAUACAGACUUCGAAGUUUCAGGCACAUCUGUGUGCUUUGCAUGAUUGUGAUAAUAAAGAAUUUUUUAGAAUUCUUAAGAAAAAAACCUCAACAGAAACUAAUUUAAAAAAAAAUCCAACAAAAAGAAAACAAAAUAACAACCAAAUUAUAGCAAUUAAAAAAAAAAAAAAAAAAAAAAAAAAAAACCCUAACAAAACAAAUAGAUGAACAACACAGGAAAAAAACUUCCACAAAAUCAAAAAAUUCUGCUGCUAAUGUAAUGUGGAUAUAAAUGAAAAUCAGACUUCUGACAUGUGUCUUCUGAUCUCUUUGCUCUUUAUGUUGGAUUAUGUUCUUCAAAGCAAGUUGGUAAUAGAAUUUUGCCAGAUACUGCAAUACCAUACUGGAAAACUCAGUAAGAUUUGUCUAAAGCUCAAAAUUCUUUCUUUGCUGUUGAAUUACACUGCUGUAGUAAUCAAGGUAAUGCAUCGGAUGAAAUUUACCUUUAAAAUUUUAGAGAUUAGUUUUCUAACUUACCUAGAGCUGAGCCCUCGGACUGCCAGUUGCUCCUUGUAAUGUUGACUGGGAGGAUGAUUGUCCUGCUCUCAGCCAGUAUGCAAAAAGUCCAUCUUUGGGAGAACACAGGAAUACCUUGGUGUCAGUGUCAUUGCUUGAUUCCCAAAUUGUUUAAUAAUUCCUUUAGUGUUUACAUGUUUCUUCAGGGUUUUACAGGAAGUUUGAGGCUUUCCCUGUUGUUUUUGUUAUCACACUAUAAUUUAACACUUUGAUCAUAGCUGUUUUGAUGAACACUCAGUCAUGAUGUUCCCUGGACAGAGAAAGGAUAGUGAUGAGGAUGAUUUACUCCUCAAUGCUAAAAUGGAGUUAGGGGACAAUAAAAAUUCAAUAGGAUCACUUAAAGCAUAUUCUUAAGAGAAUUUUAGAAACCUAGUCUUAUAUAUCAGCAUAUUUCUAAACACUGUCACAUCGCUGUAGCAGUUUUUUUAAAUUUUGCUGUGUAAAUCAUCUAGCUAUCAAAAUCUGUUUUAGUUGAAAAAAAGACAAAGAGCACUAUCUACUCAAAGUGUUCAAUUACUUCCAUAGUUUAUAGUGAAUUAGUAUCUUGUACCUUCAGGGAUAUUUGUUAAAAAACCACUAAUGGGACAACCAACCAUCACUAAUGGACAACCAACCAACCUCAAACAAUCUGGCUGCAGCACUUUAGUCUCUAAUAUAUUUAUUUUUUUUUCCUUUUAUGAAAAGGCAAAGCUUCUUUUAGUAGUAAACAGCAAGAGAAAGGUCUCUGUGUUCAGUAUGUCUCCUCCUAAUCAAACUCUCUAGCUCUCUAUGGUCAGUAGUCUUUUAUCAUAGUUCACAGAAAAUUUGUACUGAUGCCUCGGUUUUGUUCUGCUGCUAUGCUGCUAAAUACUUCUCUUGGCUAAAAGUUCAGCUCCUUUGCUCACAUAAUGUUAAUUUAUGAUGUGCCUUUAGUGGGACGGGGUUCUGAAAUGUGAUGGUCAGACAGCUUAUCCUUGUUCCCUCUCUUCUUACAGAAAAGGAAAAGCUAAGGUCUAUGGGAUGUGAAUGUCAGUGUGUUUAGAAAUUCUGGCCAACUGGAUUAACAACAACAAAAUCAAACCAGAAUGUUUCAUUCUUUGUGUGAUUAUAUUUAUUAUUAUCACCAUACUUCUAGAACCUUCCAUAAGUAAAGUGCAGAUUUUAUUUGAGGCAGUUUAUUAGAGCACAAUCUUACGAGGAGCAGCUGAGGAAGCUGGUGUUGUUUAGCCUGGAGAAAAGGAGGUUAGGGGGAAUCUUAAUGCUCUCUUAAACUAUGUGAAAGGAGGUUGUAGCAAGGUGGGGAUGUUGGGAUCUUCUCCCAGAUAACAAGUAACAGAAUGAGAUGAAAUGGCCUCAUAUUGUGCUGGGGAGGUUUAGAUGGGAUAUUAGGAAAAAUUUCCUCACUCAAAUGGAAGCGCUGGAACAGGCUAUUCAGGGAAGUGGUGGAAUCACCAUCUCUGGAGAUAUUUAAAAUAUAUCCAGUUGUGGCAAUUUAGGGAUAUGAUUUAGUAGUGGACUUGGCAGUGCUGGGUUAGAGGCUGAACUGAGUGAUCUUAGGGUUCUUUUCCAACCGAAAUGACUCUGUGAUUCUUGCAUUUCAAGACCCAGGUACAUUGGCAAAUGAUCAACUUGGUCAAAUGCUAGAACUGCCUUUUGUUUAAACAAUAUCCCACUUAUUUGUCAUACUUCACUUGUGAUCCCUUCCCUUUUUAGCAGCUUUGACAGAAUUUUUCUGUUGGAAAAUAUCUAAUACUGAAAAAUUUUUCUUAAGAAUAUGUAGUGUGAAAAUAAACUCUGUUCAGCCCAUUCCAGAGGGAGAAAACACGCAUGCUUGCUAUUGGGUUAUAAUAUCUGUAGUGACUUUUUUUUUUUUUUUUGUAGAGAUACUUCUAGUCAGAUUGCCUACAUCUUUCCCUAAAAUUACCUACUAAUAAAAUAUGAUUUGUGGUGUCUUGCUUGAA